AUGAGCUACUUUGUGAACUUGGCUCGGUCGCACAUUUUGCUGUGGCGGGUUCGUCACUAUGUGCGGCAAAAAGCCCAGUGGGUUCAGGAUGUGGUGCAGGACGAGGACUUCUGGGACAACCAACGCUUUCGGGCCUUCUGCUGCAAACCUUUCAAGUUCUGCCAGAAUGAAUUCAUCGCGUUUGUCUUCAAAUCUCUGCUUGGGUUCUUUGCCGGCGUUGUUCUGUCCUUGGCUUUGCUCAUGGUGUUGAGCGUGCAAGUGCGGAUGGGCCUGGUGAAGGCCACAACUGUGGUGGUUCUGCUGGCCCCCUUUCUGUGCCUCGGCUUAGCCCUUUCGGCAAGGGUGAGGUGCGUCGUGUUGCUGGUGCUGCCGCAGUUUGCGUCCAAGAGGGGCAGACAAGCCCUGGUCGCCGCCGCCUUCGUCCUCGCGCUCAACGGCCCCGUCACCAACACCGUCUACAACAUGCACGAGACGGCCCAUUCGCUCACGUGCACACUGAAGCUGACUGGUAAAGGCUUUGGGAAGUUGGUGGAUAUCGUGGAGAGACCCGCAGAAAAUGCAAAAAGGGCCGUUUCCAGGGCGCUUCAAGCGAUUGAAACUUCCGUAGCCAAGAUUAAGGAGGCACUGAACGGUUUGCAGAAAGUCAUCACCGCCAUUGGUGAUGUUCUGAAAUCGUCGGUAGCGUGGCUGGAGCACGUGGUCGGCGUGUGCAACUCAGAGUUCGGCACGCCAAUCGAGAGGUGCUACCAACUUUUCGAACACACUUCGGCCGAAUGCUCGGCCACCCUGGGCCCUGCGUUCUCGUGGCUCUGCAGCGUCGUCUACGCCGGCUCGCUCGUCUGCAACUCGCUGUCAGCCGUUUCGCUCGUCUGCGUGGCCACCGACCCGCUCGCCGAGACCAUCACUUCCACCGUCGACAAAAUGCGGGCCGAGUUUCUCGACGCGAUGGACGAGCUUUUUUACGUGAACGUCGACUACGAGCACAAAUUUGACGCCGAGCUGCACGCCCUGGACAACAGGACGGUGGCCGAAAUGCUGCACGAAAUGAAAGCUGAGCUCAAGGACACUUACCGACCUGUGCUUUUGCUGUACCAACUGGUGGGUGGCCUGUUGGGCCUCGCAUGGAUCGUCGUCUUUUACAAAGCGUACAGGUACCAUCAGAAGUUCAAGACCAGCGACCGCUUUGACAACGUGUACCUGACGCAAGAGGUGCGCGAAAUCGAUCUGGAGCGCCUUCGUCAGGGCAGUCCACCCAUCCUGCCGCUCACCAGCUCGGAAAAACGGCUCUACUGCAGCCCUGGUCAGUUCAGGUUGCUACGCAGCGAGAGACGGCGAUUUUUCCGCUCUCUCGUUUUCCUUUUCUUCUCAACUUUGAAUGUUUUGUACUCGAUCGGAUGUGACUACGCGCUUUUCUGGGUGCUUGACCUCAUCCGCCGAGACACUGUCAUUGGCACUACUUUUCCAGUUAUCUUAGCGACAGCCAUAUCAAAGUUGCUGCGAUAUAAAAUUUCCGAUUAUAUCUUUUUUUAUUUUUCAGAAAUUCCAGCGGUAAAAUUGCAAGUGGAAGGUCAGGGUCUGAUCCCCGAGAUGUUCCGCAACCUUUCCGACACCUUAAGUGCCCCUCUGCGCGAAGACCAUGACUUUCUGGCCGAGCUGAACCCCGCCUCUUGUUUGCCGCAGCCAAUCCAACCUGACUUUGAUCUCUACCUGCGAAUCGGGAGCAUCAUUGUGCUCGCGUGGGUGUUGGCCCUUUUGGAGCCGUUCGUGCUCAGGUUGCGGCCGCACGUGCUCAACAGGUACUACCCUGAGAGGGCCAGGGCGCGAGCAGUGUGGCUCUGUGCGCACAUCUUGAGGGAGAGGGGCGGUUUCCUGAGCGACCUGGCCAGGUUGGCCGGCGCCAGGAGACACGUCGAACCCCUCAAACCAAGCGACCUGAUUGAAAAACUCAGGGACAGGUUCUGGUUGGCCAGGAUGGUUUUCGGAGGUCACUCGCGGCCACACUGCGUUGUGUGCGCCCUGGCCACCGACAGUCUGCUUGAGUGUGAGGCGCUCGGCUGCAACGCCGUCUACUGCGAACGCUGCUAUGGCGAGCGCAGAAACGUGUGUGUCGUCUGCGAGGACAACCUGAUGUUGCCCGACGUGCCAGGGCUCGUCCUCGAAAGAUGCUCCGAUGAAGAAGAAGAGCCAGCAGAUGAAGAGGAAGUUUCAAUUUCUGAUUCCAGCUUGGGAGACAAAUCCAAAGUUGGAAAUUCUGAAGAACCAAAGCAAGAUGAAGAGGCAGCCUCGUCGGUUGAGGUCAACUACGUCUCGCGACUGAUGGUUGCUGUGGAAAAUUCGAUCGAGGAAACGGGCCGACUGCUGCUGGCCUUGACGCCGAAGUGGCCAAUUUGAAGAAGAAAAAAACUUGACGAUUUUAUUUUAAAUUCAGAAAUAGUUUGCAACUUUGCAUCCUUGCUCAGCAAACUAGCUUGCUAAAGUGGCUUAAUAUGAAAUCACCACUAAAAUUAUUUUAAUGAAUCAUUUCAAAAUCAUCAUUUUGAGGCAAAAAAAAAAAAUAUUUUUUAAAAGUUUAAAAAUUUCAUCCAAAUCGAAUUAAAAAAAUUAUUAAUAAAAACUUUUUCAGUUCAGUUUCAGUUGUAGGAUUUUUUUAUCCUAAAAAAUCAUGAAAUUUGCAUUGAGUAAUAAUUUAUUUUUAAGCACUGAUCUGAAAAAAUUUUUAAUUUUUCUCACAAGAUGUACAAGUAAAAAGUAAAAUAAUAUAUUGUGACACAAAAUUUCCAGAUCUUUUUCCCAUUGUGUAUGAAUUUCCUUAUUAUUUAUUUUUAAUUUUCAACGCUUUAUAAGUGAUCUUGACCUACACAAAUAGCAAAGGCGUCACAUUUUAUUUUUCCCUCCAAUAACAAUGGAAUGGAAACCCAACACAUUUUCCUCUUAUUCAAGAUGAAAUCAAGGCUGCGACACGUAUCAUCGCGUUUUGUGACCAAUCGCAGGUCAAGCGGAUAGGCUAUCGCGAAUUGUGACGUUGUUCGUCCAUGCCCCGAGGUCGCAGGUCGAUUUUAUCAAAGCCAUAAUAAGGUUUUUCACCACUGACUGAGUUAUUAUGAAGAAGUUUGCGUGUCGCAAGAUGUAAAGCGGUUUGCAAGCAAUUCCGAUUAAUAAUCGAUUGAUUCAGCUUCCGUCCAGAGAGAGCGAGCGUGUUUAUUCUUGACAGACAGGUUGGCCGCAUCUCAUUACGGGACAAACGCGCGCGCGGCCGCACAUGUUGCAUUUUGAUUAAUGUUUUGUACAAACAAUCCAGAGCAGCAAUUAAAACUACUAUUCUAUAAAUUCUCCCAUCCUUAGGCAAUUGUUUACUCUUACGUUAGCAAAAUUCCCUUUGUGAAUUUUAUUUUUAUUUUUUAAUUAAAUAUUUACACAAUUUUUAUGCAUAAAAUUUUGCAAGAA